AUUGGUUUUUACACAUUGUACCCAUGUGGGGAUUCGAACCUGGGUCUUUGGCGUGAUAAGCGAACACUUUAACCUCUUGGCUACCCCACCAAGGACCAAGAAGACAAGAAAAUAUCCAGCAAAAGUACUUUUACACCUUAUGGGGGUGGGGUGAGUACUUGAAACCUGUUUGCUGGUUAUAUCGAUAAAAUAGUCCAGUUUUCAGCUGCGAGUGUUUCUCUUAUGUCCUGUAGCCAAGUAGGUAAGCGUCCGCUCGUCACGCUGAAAACCCGGGUUUCAUACCCCACAUGGAUACAAUGUGUGAAGCCCAUUUCCGUUGUCCCCCGCCCUGAUCCUGCUGGAAUAUUGCUAAGAGCGGCGUACAACCUCACUCACUCACUAUGUUAGGUCCGAGUUAUAAAGACAACGUUUCGAACUCUGUUGUAUGUUCUAAUGUUAGGGCGAAGUGCUACAGACUACACAAGAACCUGGAACAUCUGCGGAAAAAGGGAUUAUACCUACUUGCUGCUGACAAGGUCUACUACACUCAUCACCUUUAGUAGCCAAGGCAACCCAGCGGAACCGGCGUCCUUCAGAAUCGAAUACACAACCUCUGACUUCAAAGCAUGUCAAAGGGAUGACCUUGUGGCUGACUCUUUUGAAGGAGAAAUAAUUUCACCUGGCUACCCAUAUCUGUAUCCGGAUCGAACACAAUGUGUGUGGCAAGUAAUGGCUAACCAAAGCUCGGACCUUGUCAUGAUCAACAUUCAAGAACUCGAUCUCCACUCAAAGCCUGCUUGUGGUGACAGUGUUGCCAUAUAUGAUGGUCCAGCAUCUGAUUUCAUCAAGACACCAGAUAUGUUGUUAUGUGACAACAUGACGGAUGUUUUUAACAGCACUGGUCGGUACGCCACUAUUAAGUUUUCAACCAAUGACGGUGGAAUAGGAAAAGGCUUCAAAAUCAGAUACAAGUCUGUACCAAAGAAAGGUACUGGAGACACAGUGUUAUGGUCAGUUAGUAGCUUAGCUGGCGUGAUCAUCAUCAUAGUGAUUUUGGUAACGCGUGUGGUUUUGAAAAGGAGACGCUCUGAUCGCACGAAUCAGACUCCAAGUACCGAAACAUCUGAUGAUCCACAUCCACACACAAGCGACCAGGCAGCCCCAUUUUCCCCAUCCGAUACGACCAAUACCACGAACACCAGCAGCAGCAUCAAUACCACCAACAGUAGCACCAGUACCAACAAUACCAACAGUACCACCGGUACCUAUACCAAUGAACCACCACCUGCAUACGAGGAUGUCUACAACCUUCCUGUCACAGACCCGAAAGCGCCAUCUAUGCUGCCUCCCUCUUAUAAAGAUGCUGUGUCAAGGGGAAUGAUUCUAAACAACUCAAACUAGGUUCUGAGGCAGUUUGACAAGGUGUCUUCUUAUCACAAACAGACCUCUUUAUGUAUUCCUAUGCAGUGGACAGAAGUAGUGAGUAUGUUGGGUUUAGUGGCACUCUGACCUGAGUUCGACACAUAGAGUGACUGCAUCAUAUUGGAAGGAAGCGAUCAGAAUGUAGUUUCUUGAUAUCUAGUGUAGCUUAUAUCUAGUGUCAGAAAGAAAUAUCCGUUCAUUUAGUAAGAGACACUCGGACAUCGUAUUGGUCAGAAAGAGUCACUAUGACAUCGUCUUGGUCAGAAAGAGACGCUCGGGCAUGGUAUUGAUCACUAAGAGAGGCUCAGACAUAGUAUUGGUCAGAAAGAGUCACUCGACAUGGUAUUGGUCAGAAAGAGUCACUGGGACAUGGUAUUGGUCAGAAGGGGACACUGGACAUGGUAUUGGUCAAAAAGAGACCCUCAGACAUUGUACAGGUCAGAAAGAGACCCUCAGACAUUGUACUGGUCAGAAAGAGUCACUCGGACAUGGUAUUGGUCUGAAAGAAACACUGGGACAUGGUAUUGGUCAGAAAGAGAAACUCGGACAUGGUAUUUGUCAGAAAGAAAUUUGUCAGCGUGUUUUGUUUUUGUUUGUAUCGGGAGUUAGUGGUAUGGGUAACUUACAAGCAGUUGUACAAAAUGCAUGUAAUUGUGCUGUGGUGGCACUAGAUUUUGGUCCAUCUUGAUUAUCUGGUUCGUUUACGUACCGUUUGACAGGGGUGCUACUUUAUGAAGCAUAUUGUGAGUAGCUGGCGAUAGUUGUUGAGCAGGAUCAUCGUUGAGUUUCGCUACUCCAAGCCUAUAAUGUUUAACUCUCUUUUGCCUUUCAAGCGGAAUGGAAUCAGAACGGAUAAUCCAAACUGGCUAUUCUCAGGAGUUGACUUUUAUAAUUGCAAGAUUCCCUGUUAGGGAAAAUUAUCCUAAUAUUAUCACUAGUCAUGUACUGCUCGGGUACACCCAGUCCUGUGUGAAUAACUGAAUCGGCAAUUAACAUAAACACCAUUUCAUGUCUGAGUCAAAUAAGUACACCAGAAAUGCAUUUGCAAGGCACUUCAUAAUUAACGCAAUUGUGUAAAUUUAGUAUUUUGAAUAUAUCAGAGAUAUUGGCAACCUUCAGUGCUUGGACCAUGUUGGUUAAUUUUCAUUUACAUGUGAUAUAUGUAUUAUUGUUUUUAUAUGUUUGUUAUUUACUAACAUUUUGUAUGAUUUAAUUGAAAGUGUUAAUAACAUUG